AUGCAGUUGCGUGAGUAUGCUGUACUGGCGAUGGUUGAGACACCUGGCCUGCGGUAUUUCUUGCAGCAAGGUCUCGUCCCACGUGGCCGCUGUGGUGAGGGCAUUUGCGAGUGUCUCCCACCUUUUCGUGGUCGUCUCUGCGAGUUGGAGGAUAAGCCUCGCAAAGCACAGCGCUUGAAGGCGGUGAUUCACUACAUGAUGGCUGAAACUGAAAGGGAUCUACUGGACAUGGAGCGAUCCCUGAAAAGUUUGUGGUUGCGCUACAACCAGGGCGUCGACUAUCCAGUUCUGGUUUUCCAUGAAGGCCUUACACACGAGGCGCGAAGGCGCUUAGUGGAGGCCUCGGAGAACCGCCUCUGGUUUGCGCUGGUGCCGCGCUUCAAAGAGAUCCCUGACGAGUGGAUGGAGGCUUCUCGACAACGUGCCUCCGAAUUCUCUGUAGGCUACCGUGCCAUGACGCGAUGGCGUUCUGGUCCACUCUUCUUGGAACAAGCACUGGCAGGAUUUGACUACGCCAUGACUUUGGACACGGAUUCCUAUUUCCCGGCCACCUUUGGUUCAGAUCCUUUUGAGGUGCUUCACUCCACAGGUUUGACAGCGAUGUUCCCACACUUAGGGCGAGAGUCAGCCAGUGUGGUGGUCAACUUCAUGCAUUACUUUCUGCUCUACUGUCGCCUUCACCAGUUGAAUCCACGCCGUACCAGGAUGUUGUCCGCGCUGAUCGAGAAGAAUUUCAAAUGGUACCAGCAGUGUUUGAUGCUGGACAUUGAAGUGGUACGUCUGGAUUGGUUCCGAAGCGAAACCUACCAGGACUUCUUCCGAUACAUGGAUUCGGUAGGCGGUUUCUGGCUUCAUCGCUGGGGAAACAAUCCAUUGCGGACCUUUGCCGUCGCGUUGCUGUUGCGAGACGAGGAUGUUCGAUCCGUGGUGAUGCCCUAUGCCCAUCAGGACUUUUGCUCCUGUGGUCCUGGUCAGCAGAGUUGCACUUGGCUGAAGGAGAAGCAGGAGUAUACCUGCCAAGAUGUGACACCAGAGGAGUUUCGCCUGGAGGAGCUGGCGGAGGGCUUGUUGGACCUGCAGUUGCCGAAUCGCUAUACUAGGGACAGUGCAGCUACAGCCUAA